AUGGUUAGUUCCUUGUACGACCCCUUAGGACUGGUCUCAUCUUUUACUUUGCCUGUUAAAUUAGUCUUACAAAGUUUGUGCAAAAAGGGACUAAAAUGGGAUGAACCUAUACCUGAUAAGGAAUCAAAGGAAUAUAGGAAAUGGAUAAAAAACAUAGAUUCCCUGGAGAAUAUUAAAGUUCCAAGAUGCUUAAGGAAAGUACAAGCUAAAAAUGCUAAAGUACAAUUACAUUGUUUUGCCGAUGCAAUCGAUAGUGGGUAUAGCGUUGCUAUAUAUGCAAGAUUCCAAUACUCUGAUCAGAGCAUCGAAAGUAACCUAGUGGUAGGAAAGUCAAGGGUAGCACCACUUAAGAAGAUUACCAUUCCCAGAAUGGAACUAACAGCAGCAACUCUCGCUGUGAAAUUGUCUAAUGUAGUCAGUAAGGAGUUAGGUUUUCAUUAUGAAAACAAGUUUUUCUGGACAGAUAGUACUUCAGUAUUACAGUGUAUCGCUAAUACCACGCGCUAUCACACAUUCGUAGCCAACAGAUUAACCACAAUUCACGAAGGUUCGAAUGUCGAAGACUGGCACUAUAUUGCUUCAGAUUUGAACCCUGCUGACUUAGCAUCACGAGGAAUGCAUGGAAAUUGUGAUGAGAAAAUAAGUAGAUGGUUCCAAGGUCCAGAAUUUCUAAACAAACCUAUGUCAGAGUGGCCAGAAUCAAGAAACUUUAAGUGUACAAUUAUACCGGACGAAAUGGCAUCGAAGGUAGUCCAUGCAACGGUAAUUAAGGAAUAUUCAUUUAUGUCUAGUUCAACCAAUAGGUACUCUACUUGGACUAAACUAAAAAGAAUUGCCGGAUGGGUAAUUAUGGCAUGCAGGAAAUUCAAACAAAAGAAGAAUGGAGAAAUUGAUAAAGAUAUCAUCUUGUCAAAGAAAAUUCUGAAUGAAGCUUAA